AUGACAGCUUCAGCUUUAACAAAUAACCUCUUUAAGCCUCUCAAGGUGGGAGAAAUCACCUUGGCCCAGCGUAUCGCAAUGGCCCCUUUAACUCGCGAGCGUGCCCGCGUGGCAGACUCAGUUCCCACAGAUAUCAUGACCACCUACUACACACAGCGUGCUUCUGCUCCAGGAACUCUUAUCGUCACCGAAGCCACAUUCAUUACCGAGCGUGCCGGUGGGUACCCGGGAGUCCCUGGAAUUUGGUCUCAAGAUCAAGUCCAUGCCUGGCAAAAAGUGACUGCCGCUGUCCAUAAGCAAAAGUCGUUUAUAUUUUUGCAAUUGUGGGCCCUAGGACGGGUCGCAGGACCCGACACAUUGCGUUCAAAUGGUCACGAUCUGGUGUCUGCAUCCAAUAUUUCAGACACCACACAGGUGGGCCAGCACCUAGCGUUAGACGAUGUAUUUGGGGAAGCCCCGAGACCGCUGAGCGUUGAAGAGAUAAAAGAAUAUGUUCAGGAUUAUGUUCACGCUGCACAGAACGCAAUUGAGGCAGGAUUUGAUGGGAUUGAGAUUCAUUCGGCAAACGGGUACCUUUUGCAACAGUUUUUAGACGAGCACUCGAAUUUGCGUACAGAUGAGUACGGUGGGAAUGUAGAGAACAGGGCCCGGUUUGUGCUAGAAGUUGUGGACGCGAUUAUAAGUGCAAUUGGUGCUGACCGUAUCGGGAUCCGGUUGUCACCGUACGAAACGUAUGGCGACAUGAAGCCCGGGAUUGGAACUUUAGAACAGUAUGCGUAUCUUUUAAAAGAACUUGAGGAGCGCGGGCUUAAGCCAAAUGGUCGGCUGGCCUAUAUCCACACUGUGGAAAACACUUUUAAAUCAACCAACUCACUAGGCGAGCCCAUUCUAAGACGCCCGUUGGAGUUUGUGCGAAAUGUGUGGACUGGCGUGUGGAUCCGUACCCUAGGGUUUGACCGAAAUCUGGCGCUCCAGUUUGCAGAUGUAGAUGAUAAACUGGUGAUUGGUUUUGGAAAGUCAUUCAUUGCUAAUCCGGACCUGGUGCGCCGGCUAAAGGAGAAUUUGCCUCUUAACAAGUUUGAUUUCAAAACCUUUUACCGAGCUGGCUCCAAGGGCUAUACUGACUACCCAUUUUAUGAAAGUUGA